AUGGAGGCAGACCUUGCCAAGGUGGCCGACAAGACGCUGCGUGCCCCCAGGUGCUCCCGGUGCCGGAACCAUGGCUUCCUGGUGCCCCUCAAGGGCCACGCGGGCAAGUGCCGCUGGAAGCAGUGCACCUGCAAUAAGUGCUACCUGAUUACCCAGCGCCAGAAGAUCAUGGCCGCGCAGCAGGUACUCCAGAAGCAGGUAUCCGAGGAAGAGCAGGAGGUGGCCCUGUGCGCUCAGGGGCCCCAGCUGGCCUCCGGGGACGCGGCCGCCGUCCCGGGCUCAAGCUUACGCCCGUUGCCUCCGCCUGCCGCUUCGGGAGACGUGCACCCGGGCCCCGAGGGCCGUGCGGCCUCCUGCUUCCUCGGGAGACCCCAGCAGGGCUGGAGCCCCGGCCCGAGCGCCUUCCAGCCAGGUCUGGGUGGCCACGGCCACGUGGGGCCGAGCAAACGAGCCGCCGUGGCCAUGCCCAGGUCUCUGAGGCCCCAGCUCGGGGCGGAGGCCGCUGGCCGGGGCUGCCCCUGCCGCCUGGAGCUGAGCAGUCCGCUUCGGCCGGUGCUCAACCCGCCAUUCGCCGACUUCGGGCCCCCUCUGAGCGUCAACUCAGAUCGUGUGGUGGGGUCUGAGUACCUGGAAAGAGAGCCUUCCAAGCUGUACCACACCUGCUCCAGCAUGCACCCCUACCACCCGUUCCUGCUGGGCUACCAGGAUGCAUCCCUUACCCCGGGGGUCCCCCUGCAGCAGGGCUUCCAGCACGCGUCCUGCAGCCACUACAAUGGAGCAGGCUUGACCCUCAGUCCCAGGAAGCCAGCCAUUGUGCCCACUCUGUACCAGGCCCUGGGCACUGUCAUCUGGCAGGUGCUUGCCAAGCAGCCUGUUCCGGGCGCCCUGUGCCCCGGUGUCUGGGCCACGGAGGUGGAGGAGCCAGUGGAAGACUUCCAGCACCGCUACUACCUGCUGCCGCCGCCCCAGUUACCCCCGCAGUACCUGUCCAUGCUCCACUGCCUGCCCCUGCCGCCCCCAUCGUCCUCACUGCCCAUCGUGUCUGACGCGGACAAGGAGAACACUGAUGACCAGGAUGCGGAGGAGCCGUGUGAGCCCAGCCAGCCUUCGUCCCAGGAGCAGUCCAACUAG